GCACAGGGGGGUGGGGCAUGUAAGCAUGCAGAAAGGAUAUUGCAUAUUGAGUGAGCUAAAUUAGCUAAGAAGGCUAAAGCCAGCCUAUAGAGACAACACUUCUAGAGAGAAAGAGCAUGUCUUCUGUAAAGGUUGCAGUUCGAGUCCGGCCAUUCAAUGGUCGAGAAAGAGAGAGAAGAGCAACUCCCAUCAUUGCCAUGAAUGGAAAAUCAACAUCAAUAUAUCAUCCCAAGACCAUGGGUGAUCCAAAAUCAUUCACAUUCGACUACUCCUAUUGGACGCACACAACACCUGCUGAUCCUAACUACGCUGGUCAGCAGACUGUCUACAAUGACAUUGGAGAGGAGAUGCUUCUACACGCUUUUGACGGGUACAAUGUGUGCAUCUUUGCGUACGGGCAGACAGGGUCGGGUAAGUCCUACACGAUGAUGGGAGGCAUGGGAGCAGACCCGGGGGAGAGGGGGAUCAUUCCACGGACUUGCGAGGAAAUGUUUUCAAAGAUUGACAGUAACAAAGACCCGAACCUCAGGUACUCUGUGGAGGUGAGCUAUAUGGAGAUAUACUGCGAGCGGGUUAAAGAUUUGCUGAAUCCAAAGUCUAAAGGGAACCUACGUGUGAGAGAGCACCCCAUCCUGGGGCCGUAUGUUGAGGGAUUGGCCAAGCUAGCAGUGACAUCAUUUGAAAGAGUCCAAUCACUAAUGGACGAGGGAAACAAAGCCAGGACGGUGGCCUCCACAAACAUGAAUGCAGUGUCAUCACGGUCUCAUGCAGUCUUCACCAUGGUCCUCACUCAGACACGGAAUGAGAAAGGAAUAGAUUGUGAAAAGGUGAGCAAGAUUAGUCUGGUUGACCUGGCUGGUAGUGAGAGAGCUAAAGACACUGGAGCAGAAGGGAAGAGACUGAAGGAAGGAGCCAACAUCAACAAGUCCCUCACCACCCUGGGCAAGGUGAUACAUGCACUGGCAGAGGCAGCUAGUUCUAAGAAGAAGACCAAGGGGUCUGGUUUUGUUCCCUACAGAGACUCAGCCCUCACUUGGAUACUCAAGGAGAACCUGGGUGGUAAUUCUCGUACUGCCAUGAUAGCAGCUAUUAGUCCAGCUGACAUCAACUAUGAGGAGACUCUGAGCACUCUAAGAUAUGCUGACAGAGCAAAACAGAUUGUCUGCAAAGCUGUAGUCAAUGAAGACCCCAACGCAAAGUUGAUCCGAGAGCUAAAGGAGGAGGUAGCUAAGCUGAGAGUAGUCAUCAGAGCAGAGGGCCUCGAGGCAAAAGUUGGUGACAUGGAUAUGGGAGCGGUCUUGAGGGGGGCGGGGCCUUCGGAGGAGCAGACAACGGCUCAAGAGAAGCUGAAAGAGGCGGAGAAACUAAUAGCCGAGCUCAAUGAAACCUGGGAAGAGAAGCUCAAGAAAACAAAGGCCAUUCAAAAAGAAAGAGAGAGUGCACUAGCUGAAUGGGGUAUUGACAUCCACGCAGCUGGGGAGACUCUGGGGGUCAAGCAACCAACAAAGAUCCCCCACCUGGUGAACUUGAAUGAGGACCCCCUAAUGUCCGAGUGUCUGCUCUACUGUCUCAAGGAGGGAGAGACCAUAGUUGGAACAUCAGGAGACAUUCAGUUGAGUGGACAUUUCAUAGCGGAGAACCACUGCAUCUUGAAGCGAGAAGGAAGUGUGGUCACCCUCAUCCCUAACGACGGAGGUCUGACCUACCUCAAUGGGAAUGAGAUUCAAGAGCCGAAGAUCCUCAAAACUGGCUCACGGAUUAUCCUCGGGAACAAUCACGUGUUCCGCUUCAACAACCCAGAGGAACUUCGUUCUAGAAUAAGAGCUGCCUCCCCUGCCUCACUGGACAUGCGCAGCAUUUCUCCGGCAACUCAUAUGUUGGAAAGCGGAACAGGGUCAGUGGAUUGGUCGUAUGCUACAACUGAGCUGCUCAAGAACACUGGCAAAGACAUUAUCGAGGAAAGAGUAUCAGAGGUGGUGGCCCAGCACGAGGCUCAGCUGCAAGAGAAGGAAAAGAGGAUUGUGGAGCUGGAGGAACAGUUGACCAAUCGAGCGGAGACCGAGGGGACGUUGGAGAAACAGAGAGAGGAGGAGCUGGCUGCCAUGCAGAAGCAGGAGGUGAAGAUAAUGGAACUACAGAAGCAGCUGCAAGGAAGAGAAAUGGCAGAGAAAGAACUAGAGAAACAAAAAGCCGAGUACGAGAUGUCUCUAUUGGAGCUAAAGAACACUCUAGCGAGGAAAUCAAGCAUGGACGAAGAAACGCUGAUACAACAGAAGAAAGAAUUCCAAGUUAUGCUCGAUGAACAAGAAAAGGGGUACGAGUGUAAGGUUCAAGAGUUGCAGGAGCUUCAAGAUCAGAGAAAGGAAUACGAAGAGGAACUGGAACAACUGCAUCAGCAGAAACAAGAUUAUGAAGUAAAAUUGAAGGAAAUUUCUGUCCUCCAAAAAGAAAAGAAGGGCUAUGAGCAGAAACUGGAGGAGUUGGAGUCAGCGCUAGUGAAGCAGCUGCAGACAGACACGGCCGUGGAACGGCUGGAGGAACAAAGAAAGGAGUUCAUGAUGAAGGUGCAAGAGCUUGAGGAGAUCCUGGACAAGACUCAUGUACAACAAGAAACGAAAGCCGUAGAAGAGAGAGAAACACGGAUUUCCGAGCUAAGGGCGGAGCUUGAUCGUCGCGGUGACACGGAGAAGGCCCUGGAGGAGCAGACAAGGGAACAGGAGGUGGCCAUCAUGGAGUUAGAGGCUUCACUGGCCAGUGUCAGGGAGGAGAUUGAUGAGAGACAGCUAGAGGACAAUGAUAGCCUAGAGCAGCAGAGGGAGGGCUACGAGACACUGCUUCAAAGACAAAGAACAGAGUAUGACACUAAGGUUGAUCAGCUACAAGAUCUACAGAAAGAAAAGAAGACAUACGAGAGAGAGCUUGGGUUGCUACGGCAGCAAAAACAAGAUUACCACCUCAAAUCUCAGGAACUGGACAAACUACAAUCAGAGAAAAAGGAGUAUGAGUUGAAGUUGCAGCACCUCCAGUCAGCCCUGGCUAGGUCAAGAGAGGGUCCCACCCCUGGAGAAGAUGAGGAGGAAAUGACUGUACUGACUCCCGAGCAGAAGAAGGUGGCCUCUCGUGUUCACAGUCUCUGGAGGAAAUAUCGAUUCAACUCUCUCAGAAACGAUCUCCUGAGGUCAGCGUCCAUCCUCAAAGAGGCCAACGCUAUUAGUCUAGAGCUAAAGAAACACGUUACCUUCCAGUUUGUCGUGCUCACUGACACGUCCUACUCGCCCAUCCCCUUUGCCGUGGCAACGGGGACGGACGUGGAUGUGGAUCUUGGAGAUGCAAGACUUUCCUCGGCCCUCGACCAAUCUGAGAUUGGACUGGAAAGGAAGAAAGGUCCGAUAGUGUGUGUGGAGGUCAAGGACAGUAAACAUGGCGCCACCAACGUCUGGUCACUCAGCAAGUUUAAACAACGACUGGAAACAAUGAAGCGACUGUAUGAGUCAGUAUCUCACGCCUCUUCUCAAGCCCCGCCCACUUCUCUCAGCUCCCACGGAGGCGACCCGUUCUAUGACAGGCAGCCAUGGUUCCGUUUGAUUGGUCGCUCGUUUGUGUAUCUUAGCAACUUGCUCAUACCACUCUCGCUAGUCCACAAAUUGGCUGUCGUCAACGAGAAGGGAGAGGUCAAAGGUCAUCUCACCGUCUCAAUAAGAUUUGUAUCGGAGGCAGAAAUGGAGGAUGUGAACGUGCAAUCACCUUCUCUCCUCGACUUCAGCGACCUCUCCCACCCUCACGAGUCUCAGAGCAUUCAGAGGAGUCUCAAGUUCCUUAAAGCCCCCUCCGAACAAUCCGCUAGUGUCGUUGAAAACCCUCUCGAGUCUAGCGUGGAAUUGGGCGUAGACGCAACUCUGUCGAGUUCCCAUGGCAACCAGACGGGGAGUGAGUUGAUGGAGCAGCAUCUUGGCAGGGGGUCAAUUGAGGGGGGUGGUCUAAUGGCAGCGGCCGGGGGUCAAAGGUCAGCAUUCUUCAAACCAAUCGGUCUGAAAACGGACGAGGAAAAACUCGGACAAGAUUCGAAUACAAGACACUUUCUGUUCAAGCCCACACCACGGAUAUAUCUGAACGAGAAUGAGCUUCAAAUAAGCCCCAUCUCCCCGCCCCCUCCGUUGGGGCAGCACACUAAAGUUCAUGCACCUGCCGAGGGUACACAGUCUAAAGGUCAGAGUUCACAGGAGGAGGAGUGUCUGUCUUUAACAGAACGUCGUACGAGAGGAGAGUCCAUUCACCAGCUGCAGCGACUACAUCACCAGAUACGAGCACCACGCCUCGGAGGAAAGUUUGUAUCAACUCUGCAAGCCUCUAAGAGAUAUUUUGUGGAGGGGCAAAAGUUUUAUUUUCGCGUGACAGUCCUCCAAGCUACUGGCAUACCUCGCGACUUCACCGACAUCUUCGUGCAGUUCAAAUUCCUGAACGGGAGUGACGAAGCAGUCUCCACUGAGCCACUCAAAAAUGAGAAUGAGGACCUGGCAUUAGGAUUCUAUUAUAUGAAGAAUUUCAGUGUGGAGGUGAACUCUUCGUUCAUCUACUACCUACAAAACUACCCUCUGGUGUGUGAGGUGUUCGGCCAUUACCAGCAGCAUCCACUGCAUAAAGCAAGCACUGAGUUCAACAACUCAAGGUCUGUGGGGGAUCCUAACAUGCAGUAUCGCUCGGCCUCCCCACUACCCCCCUCACGAUUCUCAUCCACUCCCGUCAGAUCAUCCAAGACCGUCGUCUUUGACUCGGCAGGCUCCACCCACUCUUACGCUCGUGUUGAUAUCCUCACUCACUUUGAGAUCUGUGAGCUAGGGGCCUCUGGUCAAUAUGAGCCCGUCACCGUAGAUCACCAAGACGACCAGGGCGGAGUGUUCCUGUUACAGCAAGGUCUACAACGAAGGAUACGAAUGACUCUAAUCUAUGAAUCUGGUCCUGAACUUCAAUGGACUAAAGUCAGCGAGCUGGUUGUAGGUCGUGUUCGGUUGACUCGUGAGGGCUCAUCGGAGGUGGACAAUCAGAGCACUGUUCUCUCACUCAGUGUGUUACCCUCUCACCACUACGAGGCUGAGGAUAGGACGUACUAUCGCCUGGAGGCAUCAUGGGACAGCUCUCUACACAACUCACUCCUACUCAACAGACUGACCCCUCAGAACAGCUUCGUCUACUGCACGCUAUCAGCCUACAUUGAGCUUGAGAACAGCCCCCAACCAGCUUGCUUCACCAAGGACAUGUGUCUGAGAGUGUGUGGGAGAGAUUCAAAGCCGACAGUCAAUCGAUCAUUCUUAUCCUUCUUCACGGGACCCAAGCAAACCCCUGAAGACAAUUGCUCCGUUGGUAUCUAUGAGCUGUGUCUGCGGAAAACAGUGGAAAAAGCGCCUGAGUUUCAAGGACCUGUGGUGGACACGUCUGGUGUGUAUGUGAGGGGGGAGGAGAACCUGAGGGGAUGGCGGCCCAGACGAGACUCACUCAUCCACGACCAUCAGGAGCAGCUCGACAAGCUACACAUGAUAGAAGAGACGGAGAAAGCUCGACACAUCCUCCAAGUACGCCAGAAGCUGGUUGACCUGAAACACCUAGAAAGAGGGUUGGCGAUGCCUAGCGACCAGGAACUGAGCAAACUCUCAGACGAGCACAAAGCCAUGCUGGCUCAGAAAUGUGUGGACCUACUCAUGAGAGGAAAGGGGGAAGAAGAACCCCCACCUGAGUUUGAUUCCAUCCAAUCAGCUUCCUCUGUUGCUAGUUCCCAUGGUGAUAUGAUGCCAGACACACUCUCCUCUGCUCAUGGACUAUUGGGUUCGACGACACCAGGGCGACGGAGACGCUCCUUCCUGGCCUCCCCCCCUGUGUGUGUGCCAGAGGUCGAGGAGAAGACACAUACAAAAAACAACCCCAUCACAAAGAAGGGAUAUCUCGAGUUCUUUGGAGAGCAGGACACAGCGUGGCAUCGGAGAUACGUGGUUGUGAGGAGACCCUACGUGCUCAUCUAUAACAGUGAGAAAGACCAGAUUGAGCGGGGGGCCAUCAAUCUAGCGGGUGCUAAGGUUCAGUACACAGAGGACAAACAACAAGCAGCUGCCAACACAUUCUCUAUCUGCACUAAGCAUCGUGGAGUGCUCCUCCAGACGAAGGAGAAGGAGCUGUAUGAUUGGCUGUACGCUCUCGACCCCCUCCUAGCUGGGUCCAUCAAAUCUCAAAUCAGCUCAAGCACAAAGAAAAAGUCAUCAAACUAUUAAAACAACAUUAAGUUAAUUUUUUGAAUUCUUUUCUGUAAUAAUAAUUAUUUUUGUGGUUUUAAUUUAUCAGACAAAGUCUUUUAGGUUCUUAUAUAAGCUUAAUUUUUAAUUUUUGACAAGACUAUUAUAUAUUAUAUGCAAACAGCA